AUGUGUGCCCUUUUUGGCAAAUUUGGUGUGGUCUUAUCACACCUGCAAUUCACCCUGACCCCCCUCUUUCGAUCGGCUAAUCCGACUCGUGCUUCCUAUCCAGAUCUCUCCCAUGGUCUCGUAGAUCUGUUUCUAAUCUUUCUGGUUGAUCGAUUUCACUCGGUUCCAGUCCCAGUGCGCGUUUUACUUCAGGCGCCGUUUAUCAAGAUCUUAGAAGCACGUACAGGACUGCCUCACCGAGCAGAACACCUAUGCCCUGAUUCCCAUGAUUGCAGAUAUCAGACAUUGCCUUCACAGGUCGUCUCCUUGAUUAAACCAGUGUUACCUGAGCAAACUGUGGACGCUUAUCUAUAG